CUCACUUUUCAAUACUAUUUUAUUUUCAUUCUACUAAAAUGAAACACAUGUUACAAACAUCCAGUUUUGGUUGCUCGAUCAUCAUUGGAUUGGAUGCCAAGUAGAGUCAAUUCUCUGUACUCCGAUGUAGGAGCUUGGAGUGGAAAAUUCAGACCAGUAAUGGAUGAAAUAGAAUCCGAUGAAGCAUUAAGAUUUUAUCAAUUUUUAAAUUACUUAGAUGGAGGCAGUUUUGGAACAGGCCCAAUAGACGAAUUCGUAGAUGCGAUGAAUAGAUUGGCGACGUACAUGAAACAGCAGAACAGUCGAGAGACUCAAGUUAGGGGUAUGCGUGAGUUAGAAGCGAUUAAUGGAGAAAAAGGCAACAGCAUAAAAACUGUUUUGGAAAUAAGCACCGUUAUAAUGAGGAAAAAACGUAAGUUCUUCUGUACGGGAGAAGUAAAGGAACCUAUUGUUAACAAUAAAAUCAUAUGUAAGGACAGAAUAUUACUUCCAAUCGCUGGAUCGUCUUGUAGAGAUGCCAUUAUGUAUUGGCACCCGAGUCUUACUGAGGAACAUUAUUGUGUCGGAGCCCUUGAAACAAAAAGUUCGGUUCACAUCAUGUACGUAGAAGGCGAAUUGUUUUGCAAAGGAGACGACUACUCAAAACGCGAGUAUUUAUUAGCGUGUGAUUUUUAUGAGGAUCAAGAAGCUCCGGUUGCUGAUUUACUGCAAUAUUAUCCGGAUCCCGAUCCGGAAAUAUCCCCAAAAUUAUUUUAA